ACCCAGAAAUGCUUCGUGUUGAAGAUGCUGCGACAUCUCUCGUUUAGAAGAGCCAGUUUCAGAGUGUUGUUGUUGUUGAUUCUGAUUCGUAGUCGGUUUUUGUCGGCCCGGCAUAUGCUACUUUAUAAAAACCAGUUCCACCACGUUGCGUCUCUCCAGUCGAGCCCGGUACAGUGUCGCGAUCGUACGCGAAGUGGCUAGAGACGUGCUAAAACCGUGAGAGGCGCGUGUGAGGCGUUGCGUUGAACUUGGGACUUGGAGACCUGUUCCGGGGCAGCUAAACCAAUUCACCAUGAUCGGCCUGCAGCAAUUAUCGUUGCUCAUCGGUGCGCUAUGCGUUUGCUCGAUCGCAGGACAACAGUUCAAUCAGUGUGACGUCCAGCAGCGGUGCGUCGAGUUUAACAGCUGUCCCGAGUUCAAGGCCUAUGUCGGCAAACCGGCCACCACCUGGCCUCGAUCGGUUCAAGAUCAGGUGCGGCGACGAAUCUGCAACAAACAACAAAAGACUUACUACGUAUGCUGCAGUUCACCCACGAACGUUGGAGCCGGCAAUUCCGGCCGUCCAACGGGCAUGAAACUGCUGGACAUGACAUCCUGUGGAAAGCAUACCAAGGACCGCAUUGCGUACGGGAAAAACGCAAAAGUGUUCGAGUACCCCUGGAUGGCCGUCCUCAUAGGCUUCAACGGACAACUGGCCUGCGGUGGAACACUAAUCUCGGAGAGUUACGUCCUUACGGCGGCCCACUGCAAGCGACAGUCGAUAACAAAGGUGCGACUUGGGGAGAACGAUAUCAACAAGGAGAUCGAUUGCAACGUGUACGCAGACGAAGAGGACGACUGUGCCGAUCCGCCCCAGGAAAUCGCGGUUGCAGAGUUCAUUGCCCACAACCUGUACAGUCCUUCAAAGCGAAAGAACGACAUCGCGCUGAUAAGGUUGGCAUCGCCGGCAAAGCUUAGUCACAGCGUUAAAACGGUCUGCCUUCCGAUUGGGUCGAUGCUCCGUAAUCCGGAACCGAAGGACAUGAUCAUCUCCGGCUGGGGCCUGACGGAAAACAACUACAUUUCCAACAUUCUGCAGUACGCCAAAGUGAGCACGGUUCCGCUGGACGAGUGCAACCGGCAGCUGAGCCUGUUGGACAACACGAUCAAGCUGGACGGCAGCCAGGUUUGUGCCAGCGGCAAGAACAAGGUGGACAACUGUGCCGGAGACUCCGGGGGGCCGCUGCAGUACACGUCGCUGCAGUCGACCAUCGUGCAGUACGGCAUCGUUUCGUUCGGACUGAACUCGUGCGGUGUGACCAGCAGCCCUGGCGUGUACACCAAAGUUUCGCACUACAUCGACUGGAUCGUGGCGAAUUUGAAAUAGUCUGCCAAUAUGUUCAUAUUUUGCUAAUAUAAUUACUUCAGUAAGGAUCAUUUCAAUUAUCACAUUAAGUAUGCUUAUUUUCAAAAAGACUCAUAUAAGAAGAUCGGCAAUUUUACUUGCUAUCAGCGAAAAAUAAACCAUAACAAAUUGCCUUUCUAUGAAAGGUGUGCUUGAAGCUAAUAAAAAUGUAAAAAUACUCCAGCGAUUAAAAACAGUUCUUUAUAACUCCUUAUAAUUAUGUCCAAAUAUUAAUUCGUUAUAAACAGUCGUUCUAUAUUUCCCUUUCCCAUUUUGAAGUCAUGUCGAAGAGUUUUAAGUACUCACUUUUUCCUCACCUCGUCGCCGUCGUGCUCACUUGUCGUACCCCGGGCAGACGGUAAUAACAAAAUUCAUGCCUUUUCAAUAUCAAAUAAUGUUAAAAUAACAGAAAGCGUUAUGGAAUCUUCUCGAAAAAUCCAUUUUUGCAUAAGGGUUUAAUAACAGUUUAUGUUAUCAUAACAAAAUUUGUUAUUGGUCUGACAUUGGUUGAAAGCCAAAACAACUUUGGAAUAUCAUGUUUUGUUAUGGAAGAAUACCUCCACCUUUUAUUGGGAUGAUCGCAUUAGUUGUUAAAUUAACAAAAAAUAAUAACAUAGAUUUUUUCGAAGAAUAACUAAAAAUGUUAUUAGUCUGUUAUUAUAAUAACAAUCCAAUAACAAAAAAUCAUAACGACAAAUAACAAAUCUUAUAUAAAUAAAAUAAAAUGUUAUUGGCCUAGUAUUCUCAAAUAUCAAAA